AUGAAUUUUAUUAAAAAAGUAAUUGGUGGUGGUAGUAGUAAAAGUAAAACCGAUAUUAAAAUUGAAGAUGAACAACAUGAACAACAACAUGAACAACAACAUGAAAAACAACAAAUUCCAGAUAAAAUAUCAACAAGUAAAGUAAAUUCACCAUGUGUUCCACCAACUUGUACAUACAUUUCAAAAGAAAAUGUUAGAUCAGAUUUAUCAUUAAUUAAAGAUUUCAAUUCAGCCUAUUACUAUAACUAUUAUAGAACAUUGGAAAAGAAUUCCACUAAUUUAUUAACAAGUCCAGGUUUAAAUACUAAAGUUGUUAGUAACCAAUUUACAUUAAAAGAAUUUAAUAUUGUUUCAGAGAUGACAGAUUCAUGCAUUGUUUCAGUAUGGACUCAGAAAUACUCUAAUCUAUCAUUGACACCAGUUGAGGCAGUCUAUCAAAUCCCAUUAGCACCAUAUGCUACAGUUUCAGAUUUUUCUGUAAUCUUGAAGGAUAAAGUAUUAAAAGGCAAAAUCAAGGAGAACGAAAAGGCCAAAGAGAAAUACAACGAUGCCAUCGCAAGUGGCGGCCAAGCAUUCCUUGCUGAAAAAGUUGAAGGUUUCUUUAAAUUACAAAUUGGUAAUUUACCACCACAAGAAGAUGUAACUGUAAAUAUCACAAUUACCUCUGAAAUCGGUACACAUUUAGAAUCAUUACAUUUCUGUUUACAUAGAUUCAUUUUCCCAAAAAGUGCAUUCAAAUUCAAUUAUACAUUGAAUGCAUCCCUUUCAACUCCAAUCGAAACCAUUGAAAUGGAUCAUUUCCAACCAACCAUAACCUACAAAGAUGAAUCAAAAACAAAUGCAACCGUUACAAUUUCAACAGAAAAUGGUGUUUCAAAUAAUAUCAUUGCAAUUAUUGUUCCAAAAUAUUCUGAAAAACCUGAAUCUUUUAUUGAAUAUUCACCAAUUGAUAAAUCAUAUGCUCUUGCUAUUAACUUUUAUCCAAAAUUCAGUGUUGGUCUUGAUGAAGUUGAUCAAAAAUCUGAAUUUAUUUUCGUAUUAGAUUGUUCAGGUUCAAUGUCUGGUAAACCAAUUGAAAAAUCAAAAAUGGCAUUAGAAAUUUGUAUGAGAAGUUUAAAUGAAAAUUCUAAAUUUAAUAUUGUUUGCUUUGGUAGUAAUUUUAAUAAAUUAUUUGAAACUUCAAAACAUUAUAAUGAUGAAACAUUACAAAAAGCAAGUGAAUAUAUUAAUAGAAUUGAUGCAAAUUUAGGUGGUACAGAAUUAUUAGAACCAAUUGUUGACAUUUUAUCAAAAGAAAGUGAUCCAGAAUUCCCAAGACAAGUUUUCAUUUUAACUGAUGGUGAAAUUUCAAAUAGAGAUAAAUUAAUUGAUUAUGUUGGAAAGGAAGCAAAUACAACUCGUAUCUUUACCUAUGGUAUUGGUUCUUAUGUUGAUAAAGAGCUUAUUGUUGGUGUUUCAAAAGCAUGUAAAGGUUAUUAUGAAAUGAUUGUUGAUAACUCUGAUAUGGAAGAAAAAGUUAUGAAAUUAAUUAGUAUUGCAAUGCAACCAACUCUAUCAAAUAUUAAAGUUGAUUGGGGUGUUCUUUCAAAUGUAGUUCAAUCACCUGCUCAAAUUAGACCAUUAUUCAAUCAAGAAAGAAUGAUGAUUUAUGCAACCCUUGAUAAAGAGCCAACUGAAAAACAAGUAACUGUCAUUCUAAGUGGUAAUGGUCCAUUGUCUGAAAGAAUUUCAUUCCCAGUGGAUUUGGAUUUCAGUAAAGCAAAUCAAUCAACUAGUCAUAUUCAUACUUUAUCAGCUUUCAAACAUAUUCAAGAUCUUGAAGAAAGUGAAAGAAAAGAAAAGAAGGAUAAUAAAGAUAAAAUCGUUAAAUUGGGUAAGAGAUUUGGUUUAGUUUCAAAACAUACCUCUUAUAUUGUCACUGCUGAUUCUGAUAAAGUAACUGAAGAAACAAUGAAAACUGUUCAAGUUUUAGAACCAACUCAACAAAUCAAUACCAGUCCUGGUAGUGGUAGUGGUUUUAUUCCAACAACAAGAGUUCAAGGAUCAUCAUCAGUUUUCCCAUCCUCACCAACACCUUUGUCAGGCCCAUCACCAUACACAGUCUGUGCACCACCACCACCACCACCAACAUCAUCACCAUACACAAACUGUGCACCACCUCCACCACAAUUUUCCAGAUGUAUUGCACCACAACCAUAUCAAAGUGCACCAGCACCACCAGCACCACCAGCACCAUCAAGACUUUCUCAAGCACAAUCACAAAUGGAUUAUUGUGAUCAAGAAUUAUUAUGUGAAAGUUUAGAGGGUGAUUUAUUAGUUGAAGAAGAGGAGCUAGAAUGUAAGGAAAUAGAAUGUUCACCACCACAAAAAUUAAGUUAUAUUACACCAUUUGCACCAACAUCACAAAUUAGUCAAUCAUCAAGAGAAUGUAGAUCUAAAAAAUCCUCUUCUCCAACAAUACAAAAAUCAUCAUCAUUACCAUCAAGACCAUCAACAUCAUCUUCAUCAUUAAUUGAAAUUAUUCGUCAACAAAAAGCAAAUGGUUCAUUCACAAAAUCAUCAGUUUCAAGCUUUAUUAAUGUUGAUACACCACCACCAUCAUCAGAUAUUCCAGAAGAUGUUUGGACAACUCUUUUAAUCAUUGCAAACUUUAUCUUAAACUUUGAUUCACAAAAGAGUCAAUGGGAAUUAGUUUCACAAAAAGCUACUAAAUUUGUUAAACAACAAAUUAUUAAAUCUUCAAUCGCUUCAACUUUUGAAACCCUUUUAGAAUCUGCUAAAAAAUCAAUUUCAAAUUAA